GAUUUGUUUAUCUGUCUUUAUGCAGCGGCGAGGUGAGAAUCGCACACUCUCUACAUACAAAUGAGGAGGAGUUUGUAGCCAGAAGGAGAGAAACUGUUUUUCAAAGCUUGCAGAAACUCAAGAUACACUGCAGUCAGGAUGAAGUGCCAAACAUUGCAUUACUGGGUUCUGGAGGAGGACAAAGAGCCAUGGUGGGUUUGCUGGGAUCCCUGGUUCAGCUUGAUAAAGCGGGUCUUCUGGACUGCAUCCUUUAUCUGAGCGGAGUCUCUGGAUCCACCUGGUGCAUGGCCUCCUUAUACCAAGAACCAGACUGGUCCACCAAACUAGAAACUGUGACAGACAAAAUCAUCAGGAGACUCAGCGGUCCAGGAGUCAGCUGGGGAGACAAAUUUGACAAACUAAAGAAAUAUCACAAGAAAGACUUUUUCAGCUUGACUGACAUCUGGGCAGUGAUGGCCAUCACAACAUAUGUGAAGGAGAUCGACGAAGUCACACUCACAGAUCAGUGGGACCAUCUCAGUAAAGACCCGUUUCCCAUCUACACAGUGAUUGACAAGCAGUCCAAAAAAGAGAAGGAGAAGGGAGGAGACAUAGAAGACCCCUGGUUUGAGAUCAGUCCACUUGAAGCUGGUUAUUCUCUCACUGGAGCGUUUGUGAAAACCUCCACCUUCGGCAGCAAGUUUGAAAAUGGCUCAAAGAAAAAUCCUCAGGUUGAAAUGGACAUGAUGUACCUGCAAGCUCUGUGUGGCAGUGCUUUAGCUGAUCGAGGCGAGAUCCUCUGGCAAAUAAUAAAAGGUGAAGCUGCAUUUGAAGAUUAAGUUCUGCCUAAAG